AUGCAGCCGCUCGACGGCGCGUUCGCGGGCCCCGCGCGGCCGGGGUCGGCGGGGGGGCUGCGGCCAGCGCUGCUGCCGGAACUCGGCGGCGCCGGCGGCGGCGCGUUUGCGAGCCCGCACGGGCACCUCGCGCUGCGCGGGCUGCCAGACACGCUGUUUCCUGGGUUCCGCUCGUGCGCAUCUGACGACGGCGCCGGCGCCGGUGGCGGGGGUGUGUAUAGCGGGGCCGGGUAUGGAGGGUCAGCUGGCGGCGGCGGGGGCGGCGCGCCGCACCUCAACCUGCCCGACGAGCCCUUCGGCCCGCACCAGCCGCCUGCCAGCGGCGGCAUGGAGGACGCCGCCGCGGCGGCUGCCAUCAUGCGGCGCCACAGCAGCGGCGGCGGCGAGUGGGGCACCGGCGCGCCGGUGCAGGCGCCCCAGCUGCCAGCGCCGCCGCCGGCGCUGUUCGGGCCGCCCGGUGGGCUCUGGGGCCUCGGCGCCGGCGCGUCGCCGCACCACCACCGGGGCCUCCAGCUGGCGCCCGGCGGCCUCCACGGCUCGCUCGGCGGCGCCCAGGACGGCGCCGGCGGCGCGGGCGGCGGGCUGGGGCGGCCCGGGGUCGGUGACGUCAUCGGGGACGAGGAUGCAUUGGCGUCGAGCCACAGCAUCGUGACGGCGGCGGACGCGGAGCUCAACAAGCUGGCGCAGGACAUAAUGCGCGGCCUGGUGGAGUGA